CCAGAAACUGGGAAGAUAACAUUUUGCGCGAUAGCUGCUCUCCUUCUUAGAUAUUUUUUUGACUCUCGUCGGCGCGCCGCCCUCCCCCACUGUCGCCGGCGCCGCCGCCGCCGCCAGCCAUGCUUCUCCUCCAGAAACACAUCCUCCUUCUCUCUUUCCGUCCCCGCACCGCCACUACCCUCAUCUCUUUCCCCCACCGAUGCCUCUUCUCCAAUACCAGAUUCGCCACCACCACCGCCGCCGCCGUCGCAACGUCGGCUAGCCCUCUUACCUUCGCGGUGGAGGACUAUCUGGUCGCGUCCUGCCACCUCACCCCGAAGCAAGCCGUCAAGGCCUCCAAGGUACUCUCCCACCUCAAGUCCCCCUCCAGGCCCGAAGCAGUUCGCGCCUUCCUCUCCGACCUCGGCCUCUCUCACGCCGAUGUCGCCGCCGUCGUCGUCUACGACCCGCUCUUCCUCUGCUCCGAGGUCGACAAGACCCUCGCCCAGCGCCUCGCCGAGCUCCGGGACCUUGGGCUCUCCCCUUCCCAGAUCGCCCGCCUCGUCCUCGUCGACCCCGCCCGCUUCCGCCGCCCCACCAUCAUCUCCAAGCUCAAGUACUACGUCCCUCUCUUCGGCUCGUUCGAGACCCUCCUCCAGGCGCUCAAGAACAACUCCUACCUCCUCAGCUCCGACCUCGAGAAUGUGGUCAAGCCCAACGUGGCGCUCCUGCGAGAGUGCGGGCUAGGUGACUGCGAUAUUGUCAAGCUGUGCGUCCCUGUGCCGAGGCUGCUCACCACCAACCCGGAGCGCGUCAAGGAGAUGGUUGAGCGCGCUGAGGAUGUCGGUGUGCGCCGUGGCUCCGCCAUGUUCAGGCACGCGCUGCUGGCUGUCGCAUUCCUCAGUGAGGAGAAGAUUGCUGCUAAGGUGGAGUUCCUGAGGAAGACAUUCGGCUGGUCGGAAGCUGAGGUGGCCAUCGCCGUCGCAAAGCUACCAGUGGUGCUGAGGAACUCCCAGGACAGGCUGCAGCGCAUGGCGGAGUUCCUGAUGUACGAGGUUGGGUUAGAGCCUGAGUACAUUGCUCACAGGCCGGCAAUGCUUACUUACAGCCUAGAGGCCCGGCUCAAACCCCGGUACUAUGUUGUGAAGUUUCUUAAGGACAAUGGAUUGCUAAAGCGCGAACGAAGCUUCUAUACUGCAGCCCAGGUCAGCGAGAAGGUAUUUGUGGAGAAGUUCAUAAAUCCUCACAAGAAAGCUGCGCCUUGCCUUGCUGAAGACUAUGCUGCCACUCUCAAAGGGAAAGUGCCCACUAGAUUCAGAUUGCAGGAACCAAGAACAAGCUCUAACAGCAUUUGAAUGCUUAUUGCACUCCGGAGUUUUCAGUCUGGAGUCUGCACAGUAAGCUGCCAAGUCCUGUUUCUGUGUUGUUCCUCUAGCACUAUAACUGGAUGUUGGAUGUCUACUAUUGAAUGUGACUUACAGUUUUGGUA